AACACUACCCUUUGAAACUUUGUAGCUCCUUCACUAAACCCAUAACAUAACUCUCUCUUUUUUGUGUAUAUUAUACAUUUACAGUGUAAGUAUCUCAAUUCUCAAUAAUGAGGCUAACUACUAAGGCUGCUUUUUCACUGUGUUUGUCUAUCUGUUGCCUGCUCACCCUAGUAACAUCUAAUUCUGGAGACACUACUGCAAUGGUCCUUCUUCAGACAUCUUCAGAAGAUGAUGAUUCCCAAUUCAAAAAUUGGCCGAUAUGUGACUAUGAAUUAACUUUCUUACGCCACAAGGUUAAGCAAUAUGAGAAACUUUAUAUGGAAUCUAAAAAAGAACUAGACGAAGCCGUUGCUGCAAACGAGCGUGAAGAUAAUAAUUUAGCUGGAAUUGAAAGUAUUGUGCUUAAGGACAAAGAAAUAAUAAGCUCAUCCCAUAAUGUCAAUAAUAAUAAUUUUGUUGAAUUUGAUCCCUUUAUAGAUAGUCCUGAACCUGUCAAGGAUUGCUACGAAUUACUGACAAAUAUUUAUACCAAAUAUUGUGGGGAUAUCAUGACAUUCGGUGGACUAAGACGUAUGGAAGCUUUUAUGAAGAUGUGUGAUGCUGGAGUAACUCAGUCUGAAAUGACUGAGGCUACCAUUCAAGUUUGUUCUCCUAAUUAAUUACUACUUUGUUUUACUAUAUAUAUUCUUGUGGUUAUGAGAAUAGAAUGAUGAAGGUGACUCACUCAUUUCAAAUAUAUAUGUUCAGUCAGUAUUGUGAUUUAAUUUAAGAUCUUUCUCUGUUUUCUUAUUUAUAUUGUAAUAUACAAAAAUGCGUAAUAUUAUGUUUUGUAAAAUAUAUGUAUUAAUUUCUAAAAACUGGUACGAAUUUCAUUGCAGAAUGAAAAUAGAAUUGUUUAUUGAUUGAAAUUGAAUAGAAUAAA